CACCUCCUCUCUGCAGAUAAUCUGUGGCCCCUCUCUCCUUCACCGUCUCCUGAAGAUGUCGUCUCCUCCAGUGAAGCCCUCGACCACGUCCUCCUCCUCGGGGUCCAAGCUCUCGAUGGCCCUGGACUCCCUCUCCGUGUCUUCGCUCCUCUCCGGGGAUUUGGACGAUGACGUGGACGGAGGAGGAGGAGAGGACGAGGGUCUCGGGGACCUGGAGGUGAACCCGUACGACAGUUUGCCCUUUUCGUCACGUUACUACUCGCUGCUGGAGGAGCGGCAGCAGUUACCUGCGUGGAGGCUGAGGAGGAGUCUGCUGGAGCAUCUGGAGAGUCACCACAUGGUGCUGCUCAGUGCGCCGAGCGGCAGCGGGAAGAGCACACAGGUGCCUCAGUGGUGUGUGGAGUACGCGCUGUCAUACGAGUUCUCCCAGGGCCUGGUGUGUUGCUCGCAGCCGUACUCGGCGGCGGCGGUGAGUCUCGCUCUUCGUGUGGCGGAUGAGAUGGACCUCAGCCUGGGUCUGGAGGUGGGCUACAGGGUGUCUCAUGACGACAGCUGCACACCCGACACCCUGCUCAGGUUUGUCAGUGACACGCUGCUGUUGGAGGAAAUGAUGUCAGACCCUCUGCUGCAUCAGUACGGUGUCGUGGUGUUGGACGAGCUCCAGGAGCGAACUGUGUCCACAGACGUGCUGCUCGGCCUGCUGUGUGACGUCUGCCGCCAGAGGCCCGACAACUUCCGGGUGGUUCUCCUCACUCACCCGAUGCUGGCGCCUCGCCUCUCUGGCUUCCUGGGAGCCUCCGUCCCUCACCUCUCUCUGGACAGUCUGCUCGCUGAUGCUGCGACCGGAGAGGAGGAGAAGGAGGGUGGUGGAGGCGCAGCGGAGAAGAUUGAGACGGCGAACGGCGUGGAGACGUUGUACAGAGAACUGUCCUCCGGGAAGGAGCCUUUAGCUGCCGCCUGUCACACGGUGUUAGAUCUUCACAGAAGAGGAGAGAAAGGAGAUGUGAUGGUGUUUCUGGCGAGUUCUCAGGAAAUUGAAGAGUGCGCCGCCCUGCUGGAGAAGGAGUGCGUUGCUCUGAGUCCUCAGCUCGGUCCUCUCAGGAUCCUCCCACUCCACGCCGGACUGGGUGGACUGACACAGAGGGUCUACGAAUCCGACCCUGAAUCCUCCACGCUCAAAAACAACGACAGCUCCGAGGGCGUGGACGGCGGCUCGGCGCUGGGAGCAGGAGGUCCGGGCGUCAAGAGGAAGGUUAUCAUCACCGACACGUUAUCGGAGGCAUCCUUCUCUCUGCCGGCCAUUCGCUACGUCAUAGACACCGGCCUUCAACUGAAAACUGUUUACAACCCACAAAUAAGAGCAAACUCACAGGUUCUGAGGAUGAUCAGCAAACACCAGGCGGACAUGAGAGCUCAGAGAGUCAACAGUCACCUUCCAGGGCUUUGUCUCCGUCUGUACCCUCAGUCUCUGUACGAUGACGGGAUGGCGGCGGCUCACUGUCCGGGGGUGCUGGACGAAAACCUCAGCCACCUCGUGCUCCUGCUCAAGAGACUCGAUAUUGCCGACAUGGGACAGUGCAAGUUCCUGGACAGACCAGCCCCUGAGGCUCUCAUGCAGGCCCUGGAGGACCUGGACUACCUGGCAGCGUUGGACGAUGAUGGUAACCUGUCGGAAGUUGGCAUCAUAAUGUCGGAGCUGCCACUGGAACCAUCGCUAGCGAAAGCUCUGAUCGCUGCCUGCGAGUACGACUGCGUUGAUGAGCUGCUCACGAUAGCCGCCAUGCUCACAGCGCCAUCGUGUUUCCUGACGGUUGAAUCCAGCAGAGAGGAAGCUGCCGUCACACACUGGAGAUCUCUGAUGCACACAGAGGGAGAUCACAUGACGCUCAUCAACAUCUACCAAGCCUUCACUGAGCAUAAUCAGGACGAGUCGUGGUGCAACACAAACUUCCUCAGUCACGCCUCCUUGCGACUGGCGGCGGUAAUCAGGGCGGAGCUGCUGGAGGUGAUGCAGCGAAUCGAGCUUCCUGUUUCUCCUCCUGCCUUCGGGUGUCAGGACAACUGCACGAAUAUCAAGCGUGCUCUCAUCUCAGGAUUCUUCCUCAAACUGGCUCACGACGUGGACGGAUCAGGAAACUACCUCCUGCUCUCGCACCGCCACGUCGCUCACCUGCAUCCGUUCUCUUCCUACCGGUGUCGCCAGCCCUGCCCUGACCCCCCCGACUGGGUCCUCUACCACGAAUUCACCAUUUCACGUGACAACUGCAUCCUCAUCGCUUCCGAGGUCCAUCCCCAGAUGCUCGUGGAGCUGACGCCUCAGUAUUACCUGGGCAACCUGCCGUCGAGCGACGGUAAAGAGCUGCUGACGGAGCUGAGGCAGCGUCUGCAGGGGUACGAGCAGGACGGAGGCUCGGUCGAGCACGGCAGGACUCACAGAGACGCUGCUGGGGCGGUAGACGAUGAGUCCGGCACCGACCUCUGUGUCGUCCAGUGAGACGGAGAACGCGUCACUUUAUUGUCCCAUCUGAGAUUUUGAGAUUUGAUCAUUUUGAUGAUUUCAAAUGAAGUUUUUCUGAAAACACUAAUGUACAGAAAUGUGUUAAUAUAUCUUCUUCACAGUGACUCUGGGAAUUAUCAACCUGUUUGUCUUCAUUGUACAUUUGAAUGUUAUUUUAAAUAUUUUUUUAAUUUAACGAGGGAUUCAAAGCUUGUUCUCACUGUUUCGUUAAGU